AUGGGAAACAAUCACAACAAGCGUAAACCCAAAGCCUUGUCUAGCGACGACGACGAAUUCAACUUGAUCUCCAUGUCGUCGGAUCCAGACGAUACCAACGAAUCUGAUGUCUCAGACUAUAGUAAGCCCAACAAGGGUAAGGGCAAAGGUAAAGGCAAAUCUAGUGGAGGGAAUGUGAAAGUCACUCAGGAUGAUUUGUAUGCUCACAGAGCAUUUUGCGAGAAGUGCUCACGAGAACCUGCCGAUGAGAUUCUCGACAAAGCGAAGAACAGGAAGAAUAGGAAGAAGAAGAGAAAGAGGAACGAGGAGGAUGAUGAUAUGAUAAGUGAUGAGGAACUGGCGAAUAUGCUGGAAGGGUGGUUAGAGUGCGAGAAAUGUGUGGUCUCUUCUCAUUGGGGAUGCCUCACCCCGGCACAAAGGAAAGACGUCCUUGCGGAUAUACGAGAACGGGAAGGUGCACCUGCCGAGGGCGAGAGACCAAGACGAACCAUCGCGAUUGACGAAGCGGCUACCUUUAUCUGUGCGAAAUGUGCACUCAAUCCUGAUUGUUUCGUAUGUCAUAAAGAUGAUAUCAAGGAGAAAGCGACUAAUGCGGAAGAUGCCAAGGGCAAGACCAAAGAUCGGGAUGGAAAGGAUGAGAAGAUGGAUGUUGAUGAAACUGAAGAAAAGAAGAUUGUCACAGUCGAGGACGAAGAAGAGAUACCGAAGUUUAGAUGUUUGAGGUGUAAACAAUGUGUGCAUUAUGAACAUUUGGACGUACCUCAUGCACUUGGAGAGAAUCCUUCUUUGCCUGAAAUAGCUUUUCAUUAUCAGCACAGAACUGAAGAAGGAGAUGCUUGGAUCUGCCAUCAGUGUAGAGCAUGGAUCUGGACUGUUGACAUGAUUAUCGCAUGGAGACCUUCUCCACCUAAUGCGGUCGAGCCAGAACUCGCCGAAGACGAGAAAGCGAAUUGGAAAGAUCCUUUACCUCGAGAAUACUUGGUCAAGUGGACUGGUAGAGGUUUCAGACACGUCACAUGGGUAUCCCAUCCAUGGCUACAAGUACUCUCAUCACAUCGACUCCGUCAUUUCCUUGAGAAGGGUCCGAACCUCGAUCUAAUCACGGAUGAGACGCUAGCUGCGAAAGGAGAUGAGAUGGCUCAGCCUACUAUCUCGAAGUUGACUGCUGAGGACGAUCAAGUUUCAGGUCGGAAGAGUGGACAUUCACUUGAACAUGGUUCCGCAAGUCAGGAGGGGAAGAAGGAAUGGAAAGGUAUUGGACCUGGUCCUGAGAAGGAUGCGGAGAGCAGUCUACCAAUCGAGUGGAGUACGAUCGAUCGAGUCCUGGAUGUAAUGCUUCUACCACCUCGUCAAAAGGCCAAACCUUCCACGACGAAACGAGGGAAGAGGAUCAUGUCUACUUCACUUUCUGCUUCAGCGUCCGAAUCGGGUCAAGCUAAUUCCUCAGCCGUCGCAAAUGGAGGAAGAAAUCCGGCAGAUGAGAUGAGGAGGCAAUACGGGUUGAGAGAUGGUCAGAAACCUCCUGCUGAGAUGCAGAUAGAUAUUGAUACUUGGGAAGAGAAAGCUGGUAGGGAGUUAGAUGAGGAUGAUGUGGAUGAAGUGGCUGGGUUGGUCACUUGGUGCUUCGUUAAAUGGGAUGAUCUGCAAUAUGAUCAAUCUACUUGGGACACACCACCACCUACCGACUCACCCUUAUAUCUGGCAUUCAAGCAUGCCUUAGCGAGAUACUUGAGGUCAAGAAAGAUUGAGAUUCCCGUUCUGACCCCUGAUCAAGUUAGAAUGCGUGAUACCAACGCUGAAGGUUUGUAUGUACCGCCUACUAACCAACCGGACUGUAUCGUCGGAGGGCAACUCAUGCUUUUCCAGAUGGAAGGGUUCCAAUGGUUAUUAUACAAGCAUUUCAGAAGGGAGAGCUGUAUUCUAGCUGAUGAUAUGGGAUUGGGAAAGACCAUUCAAAUUGCUUCGGUACUAGGAUAUUUGGGUUCAAGCAAGUACAAGAUAUACCCUUGUUUGGUGGUCGUGCCCAACUCGACUAUUACGAAUUGGGUAAGAGAGUUCGAGAAAUGGGUGCCACAUAUGAGAGUGGUCCCAUACUAUGGCGAAUCAGCUUCUCGUAAGAUUAUUAGUAAAUAUGAACUGUACCAUAAAGGAAUGCAGAAUAAGGCUGAGGGAUUAAAUGCCCAUGUCGUCCUCACCACGUACGAUAUGAUCACGGGUUAUGAAUUUAGGGUAUUCCGAAAUAUACCUAGAUGGGAGGUAUUGUGCGUUGAUGAAGGACAAAGACUCAAAUCAGAUAACAGUCUGAUAUUCAACAGACUCAAAACACUCAAUAGUGUUCAUCGAAUAUUAAUGACUGGUACACCCCUCAAUAACAACUUGAGAGAAUUAUUUAAUCUGCUCAACUUCCUUGAUCCAACUACGUUCAAGCAAUUGGAAGAUCUAGAGAAACGAUUUGAAAAUUUGAACGAAUCGCUCGUAACUGAAUUACACGAGAUGAUCAAACCUUAUAUAUUGAGGAGAAUCAAAGCGGAUGUAUUGAAAUUGCCGCCAAAGAUCGAAAUUAUCGUUCCUAUCUCAUUGACGGCGAUUCAAAAACAGAUUUACAAGGGUGUAUUUGAGAAGAACUCUGAGUUGAUCCAGGCUAUUCUGAGAGCUAGGAAAAAGAGGUUGAGGUUGGGUAGAUAG